AUGCUCGGCAUGGUCAAAAGUAUCUUGUGUGAAAGUAUCAAGCUCGAACUCGUCAAUAGCAAUUUUUGGAUUUGUGGAUGGCCAGCCAAAAAAGUUUCAAGAGGUCGACCUGAUUUCAUGGCCAAAUUGGAGAUUGACGAGUUCGAUCCUGAAACUGGCACACAAGGUUGCUUGAGCUGGGCUGAGCACGGUGGUUGCAAAAAGAGCCCAUGCUUCAUUGAAAGCUUUCGAGUUACAGGUGCGUCUGCACGAGGCCGUGUUUGGAUUGAUCCGAGCCGAUUUGAGGAAAUUAUGGCCAAGUAA